GAGGCGAUGGCGGCGCUCAGCGAGGGCAUGAGGCGGCGCGAGACGGCGUGCACGGACCAGAACCACACCAGCAGCCGGUCGCACCUGAUCUUCACCCUCAGCGCGCUGCAGAGCGACGAGAGACUAGGCGCCACCCUGCGCGGCCGGAUGCACCUGGUGGACCUGGCCGGCAGCGAGCGCCUCAAGCGCUCGAUGGCGGGCGCCGCGGACGCGGCGCUGCGCCCCAGGCAGCAGGCGACGGGGAUGCUGCGGUCGCCGCAGGAGCAGCGCCGCGAGGCCGGGGAGAUCAACAAGUCCCUCUCCCAGCUGGCGCUUGUGAUCGCGCGCCUCACGUGCCCGAGCAGCAGCUCGCAGAUGGUGCCGUACCGCGACUCGUGCCUGACGCGCCUGCUGGCCGAGAGCUUCGGGGGCAGCUCCAAGACCUGCUUGAUCAUCACCUGCUCGACGGACGUAGCGAACUUGCAAGAGACACGCUCCUCCCUCGAGUUCGGCAAGCGCGCCAAACUGGUGAAGAACCGCGCGGAGAUCAACGUGGAGGUCGUCCGCGCGCCCACCCCAGUGAUGCAGGCCCUGGUGGCGCAGCAACUGAUACAGAUGCAGCGCAAGUCCGAGGAGCUGCUGAGGGAGAGGAGCCACUUGCUCAAGGACACCCAGUCCGCCGCCCAGCUCGCCCAGGACCAGCUGCUGCGUGAGGCCGUCGCGGACGCCCUGCAGCAGCAGGA